UGCGUAAGUGCACGUGUGUGUGCCUGCGUGUGUUGCAUGUGUAUGAGGGUUUGUGUGUGUGUGUGUGUGUGUGCGCAUGACUGAGUGUCAGUGAGUUAGCAUGCUAGCAUUAGCCCUGAAGACAUGUUUGCUAUGAUGCAAACUUUAUUUUGACGCUCUCGGUCACUUUUGACCACCUAGCGUAGCGUUAGCCUCCCGCGGCGGGCGUGACGCUCACCUGACUCGAGGAGGCGGCCACGCCCACUUUACAGACAUUACAACGGACGCCCCUGAAGGCGGCGUGGGAAAGCCGAGAGAAAGAAAGAAAGAAAGGGAGGAGGAAGUUGACCGGGAUCAUGUGAGCGGCACUUGGCGCUGGCUCAGCGGGGAGGAAAACCGAUGAUCGGGGGCCCAACUCGCGAGGGCGACACAAAGACAUGGACGAGAGAAAAUUGCAUUCCGCUUCAUCUUCGGCGCACGCUUGCGACCCGGCGCCGCCUCCGGCCGACUGCCUGACGGACCGCCGUGACCACCGUCACGACCGACGUCAUCGCGACCGCGAUGACCUCAUCAAACCCAGAAAGUUGCUCAAUCCCGUCAAAGGUUCCAGAAGUCACCAGGAGCUCCACAGAGAACUUAUGACCAGCUGUAAACGAAGCGACAUGCGCGUGGAGAGCAGCAAGCCGGAACUCGAGCGCGUUCUGGAGUGUCGGCGGCGAGAUCAGCUGAUAAAGGAAAGAAAACAGGAAGAGGACGCGCGCAGGAAGAUUUCGCCUCUGGAAGCGGAACUCAGGAAGAGACUUCAAGCGCUGGAAGAGAUGGAAGCGGAGCAGCAGAAGGACGAGCGCGACAACCCGACGGCUCCCGAAUUCGUCAAAGUCAAAGAGAACCUCAGGAGGACGUCGUGCGUCGCCGGCAAAGGCGAGCAGCAAGUCUGACGUAGACGACGUGAGGGCGGGAUCGCUCGUGGCGUCUGCCUUCGGAUGUUGUGGACGUUCAAGCAGGCGGGGCACUUUUUCUUCUUCUUGUUUUUCUGACGAGAGAAGACGAAGCGUGGAAAGGACGCGGAAGCGCGCCGCCUGCCGGAGGACUCGCGGAAGGACAGCGCGACCUUCACGCCUCGCGGUCGCCGGGGAACGAGCUUUCGACGUCGUCUUCACAACUGCCGGCAAUUUAGGGUCGACGAGACCAACUUGCACCUUCGAAUGGGAAUCGUUUCAUUUCGAAAAACUGCAAUCACUGAAUUUUGAAUCCGUGAAAAAGUUGAGAUCGAUCGUGGGGAAAUGGAAACCGACAAUUCUAAUAUCGAGGACGCAACCGCCAGGAAUAGCGAGUCAUCGUGAUGUCAUCGCGCCUGCUUCGUUAGCAUCUUAAUCCGAAAAGCCUCAUUUGAGCUCCGUUAAGUAAAUGUCAACAGACCACAAUCAUGUCUGAUGAUUAAAAGGCUAAUCACA